UCCUCCCGUCGUCUGAUCCUCACUACAGGAUAGAAGCAGUCCUCCUUGAGAUUUUGGAGCAGAGCAGGACAGACACAAUCACGGGGAAGGGGAAAGAACUGGUAGGACCAGCAAAAGCCAGCAGGAGAACUUUGAAUGACUUUGAGUGAGCUGCUGCGCAGAAAGAUUAACUGAACCUUCAACAUCUAUAUUUCAUUAAUCUGCAUCUUCCAGUACAUCUGUUGGCUUUCCACAACUACAAGCUUAAAAACUCCACAAAGACUUUGGAUCACUCUCUGGACUGACUGAACAAGUUAGAGUACGGCAGAAAAACACUAAGGGCACUGAGCUGCACUUGGCAGCUCCAAAAACAAUGGCAGAGUGCACACCGGAUGUUAACCCCACCAACGUGAUCCAGAAUCCAGAGGCUGACAUAAAGGAGCUGAGUGAGGUUUCGUCUGAGUCUGCAUCAGCAGGAGCAGCCAAAGUCAGACCUGCAGAAGCAGGGCUGAUUCGAAGUUUGUCCAAGUCAGACUCUGAUUUGUUGGCAUCACCACUCGGAGAGGAGGAUGGAGGUCUGGUUGGCCGAAGUGGGUCUGUGUCUAACUGCAGUUCUGGGCAGCCAUCCAUGGAGCGCAUGCCUUCCUUUGCCUCUGAGUGGGAUGAGAUUGAGAAGAUCAUGAACUUAAUUGGAGCAGGAAUUGAAACAUCUAAAAACAAGCAGCCCAUACCAAGUUCAGAUGGGGCCUGUGGUAAAGCCCUGGACCAGCCGGUGGGAGAGUGGCUGGAGCACGUGGGGCUGCCGCAGUACGAGAGCAAGCUCCUGCUCAAUGGCUUUGAUGACCUACGAUUCAUGGGAAGUAACGUGAUGGAGGACCAGGAUCUCAGAGACAUCGGGAUCACUGAUCCAGGACAUCGAAAGAAAAUCCUCCACGCGGCACGCAGCUUGCCCAAGGUAAAAGCACUGGGGUGUGAUGGCAGCACAUCUCUUGCCACUUGGUUGGAUGGCCUUGGCCUGCAUGAAUAUCUGCCCAACUUUCUUGCCAGCGGCUACCGCACACUGGAGUGUGUUAAGAACCUGUGGGAACUGGAGAUCAUCAAUGUUAUUAAGGUUGGUCCUCUGGGUCACAGGAAGAGGAUCAUUGCCUCUCUAGCAGAGAGACCCUAUGAAGAGGCUCCGUCUAAGUCCCGCCGUCUGUCCCCAAUUAUGUUCCAUGACCUCCUAUCCCAGACCACAUCUCCCCUCAGUCAGCUGGACCCCUACACCAGUCGCUCCAUGGACAUGCUCCUUCCCCUGACCGAGUCAGAUCGGAGGCGAAGAGGAGUCGACCAAGACUGUAGUGUAUCUCUGCGUUCUUAUAGCGAGAGGCCACGUUCUGUAGACAGACACAGCGACCGGCAUAAAGAGUCUCGUUUAAACCUCCGGCCGCCGAGCCACUCUGCUACCUAUGCCACGGUCUCCGCCUGGCAUCACCAGCCUGAGAAACUAAUUCUGGACUCCUGCGGGUACGAGGCAACAUAUCUAGGAUCAUUGAUAAUCAGGGAUCUACGAGGGAUUGAGUCCACACAAGAUGCCUGUGCUAAAAUUAGGAAAUCCAAGGACUCCAAAAAGGGUCCAGUUGUCAUACUGUCCAUUACCUAUAGAGGUGUUAAGUUCAUCGAUGCAGCCACAAAGACUAUAGUAGCAGAACAUGAGAUCAGGAAUAUCUCAUGUGCCGCCCAAGACCCAGAUGACCUCUGCACAUUUGCAUACAUUACCAAGGAUCUGAAGAGUGGCCACCACUUCUGUCAUGUCUUCAGCACUGUGGAAGUGACACAGACCUACGAGAUCAUCCUAACGCUGGGACAGGCGUUUGAGGUGGCUUAUCAGAUGGCGAUUCAGUCCAGGGCGAGACACUACAUGCCUCCUUCAUCUCUGGGCUCUGAGGUCAUAGACACUAAAACCAGCCGUCCUGUAUCUCAGUCGUGGAGCAGCAUGCGAAGAUCAGCAAUCGACCCCCUGGAGAUGGACCCAGACAUGCAGUCCCUGGGCAGCACCACCUGGCUCUUGGACCAGCGGGACGCCAACAGGCGCCCUGUCAGCACCAAGUACGAGACCACCAUAUUCUGAGGCCGGACUCCCACAGCCGCCCCUCUGCACCCCCCUGUAUUUUCCUCUGCCCCUGCAUCCGGUUCUCUAUUUAUCUCUCACACUCACACAUAUAUACAUGUGAGCCCCGUGCCUUCUCACUGUGAUGGUAUAGCAUCCCUCAGGGCUGCCUACUCCUGCACCCUCCUUUGCCCUGCCCAGCGACCCAAACCAACCUCCUACCUGCCAUGACAAACACUCCUGCGACUCCCCCGUGCCUCCCCAACACCCCCUGGCAGCGUCCGUCGCCUGUUGCUGCUACAGCCAAUGGCGGAGCUCUGGAACGGAUGAUCCCGGACUGAUCUCAUUUUACAGUGGCCCCGCUCUCUCAACCAAACUGCCUCUUCCUCCUCAUCCUCCUCUUCCUGACAACUUGCAUCUGCCUCCAAAUCCCCGAUAGCUCCCAGAGGUUGCAUCUUUAUUAUUCUUCCUCUUUCAAGCCAUUUUUUUUUUAAUUGAUUCUCCACAGGCAAAACAAGCAUGCUCAUUUUUUCUAUUGCUCUGUCUAGACUUCACACUGGCUAAAGGCAAGUUGAAGUAUUUCCAGAAAUGUUGAGUUUAUAUUAUUUUAAAAAAUGGUUUUCUGUAAGGAGUCAGUGUUUUAAACUGUUAGACGAACAGUUUGAAGUUUUGGGAAAUAUGUCUAGCAGAGAAUUACGUGAGGAUAUUGACAAAAGUCUCACAGGUGUAUAGUUAAUAUGAAGCUGAAACAGAAAUCACACAGACUACAUAUACCAGUCUCAAUAAGCACAUGCACCAAAGCAUUCUCCCACUGAUUAUUGACAAAUUUCAGCUAUUUAAUAAAUAGCUGAAGAAAUGUUCUAAUAUUAUUAGAUUUAGAUUAUAGAGUUAAAUUAUAAGUAUACUGCACCUUUUAGUUUUCACACCGGCCUAGACACAGGCGACCCCUCCACUCCCACCCUGGCAACGUGGGAAAAAAAAAGUGUAAUGGUUGCUGAGGUUGUUGGGGUCACUGUGAAAUUGGUUGCUAAAGCCCAUCAUGCAAGUUUCCUUGCGACUGUUUUGGUUUCCAGCAGAUUGUCACUGGUGCCUGUUGUUCACAUGGAAGACGCCAACUCAUCUGCAAACACUUGCUAAUUAUGCACAGAGUGACCAUUCACUUUCAAAGUAAAAGUUGCUGUUGAAAUGUGUUGCUUGCAGGAAAAGAGCAGUUUUUACUUUGAAGGUGAACAGUCUCCAGUUUUAGUCUGCAGUGCACUUUCUAAGGUUUCAUUACCACUCAGGAAGUAGCUGUGGCAAGUGUUUAUAGACAAGUCACCCUCCUUGAUGUAAAGUACAGGUGAACUUGCAGUCUUGACAACCAAAGCAAUCACAAGCAAGUUUUUGAUGCAGCUCCAUUUUAGCAACCAAGUUCACCCAGCAGCAGCCAGAAAUCUCCGUAACUAGUCGGGGAUUAAAUAUUUUCCACUAACGACCUGUGGUUGCCAGGGGGACCAGUCUCUAGGCUUGUGCGACUGAGGCCUAACCGAGAUGUGUUUUUUUUCUAACCUAGCUUUUGUUUUUCCAUUCAGUUUAAGUUAACUAUAACAACCUCAGUCCGCACCCCAAAUUUGAAUUAACACCUCACCAGUCCUUAACCAAGUUAAAUGUUGAAAGGUCACUACAGCAGCAUCGGGAGAUAAACUUGUUUAUUUUCCGUAUACAGUUGUUCAAUUUACUUUCCCUCCCUAUUCCUUCUGUAGUCAUUUGCACCUGACCUGCGAUGGCUCUGAAAGUCCCACCAGGGUAUGCCAUCCACACUUUAAGAACCGCUGGGUUAAACAAGCCACAUCGUUAGGGAGCUUUAGUGGUGCUGAAUGUGUUUCAUUUUCUAAAGCCAGGUUAGCUAGUUAUAAGAUUGUAUGCCAAACAGAUUAAACCAUUUCUACUUAGUUUAUCCCAAAAGUUGGGAAAUGUCUGUGUUAUAGCAACCAAAACAAAAAACACAACCAAAAACAGAAUGGCUUAAAUACAUUCGUACAAUAAAAAUAUAACUUAACCAAACAAAAUAACCCCAAUAAAGCAAAAACUACUCAAAAGAAAGUUACAUUUUCAGUUCAGUAUCUGUUCUUAUGGCAGCUGAGCUUAAUUAAGCAGGUGGUCUGCUACCUGUAAAUCCAGUCAGCUCCAUACUAAGUGUACAGUUGUGUCCUCUUGCAUAAUUCCCAGCAAGCAUAUUCUCCAAAAUGAUAACUUUUUCUUUAUUGUGUCUUUUUGGUAGAUUUAAAGUCAGUAGCUUAAUCUUAUAUUUAGUUUUUUAGGUUUUUUUUUAUUAACAUGUAUUUUUCAUUUACACAAUUGUUUGGUUGUUUUGCCUCUCGACAGUUAUAAUUUUUUUUCUUUCUCCAUCUGUAGCCUGUCCUGUCUUACCAGGCAUCUACCACUGUGAAGCACUAUGAGGAGGCUGCUUUGAUAGCAUGGGAUGCAAGAUGGACAAUUAAUCAAUGAAAGACAAAACAGCAACA